GCAGAAACAUUAGAAGCAUAGCUGCAGCAGGAAGUAGAGUCUUGAGUGGGUGGCCUGAGGCAGUAAGACAGUUUACCAGAGCUUCAGUCUAAGAUGCAACGUAGAGGGCUACCAUGUUGUUGUUUUCUCCAGAGGGGUGAACAGGAGUGAGGCGACUGGAGCAGACACGGGGUGUUAGGUAUUAAUCUGGCUGGAACUCAGGAGGUGCAGUAAACUAGCAGCUAAGCUAAGCUAAGGUUAUAAAGCAGGUCAGUGGCAGAAGCUCUGUCCUUUAAGUUUUAGAGUAACUUUGUUUUCUCUACAGAGUUUAAUCCUCCUAAAGGGGCUAACCUCUGGGAUUGCUCUUGUUUCAAAGGUCGUAUGUUUGGGUCAUGUCUCCAAACAGAACCACUGACCUCCUCUGACUAAAAGCUGAGAUCAGCCUGGACAGGAAUGUAGGUUGUCACCAGAGCUAUUUUGGCAAUGUACAGCCGCUAAUGAUUGUGAUCACAGAGCAGAGCUUGGAGCAGUUGCUUUGCUUUCCUUUUUUCCUUCCAGCAAGUUUGAUCAUGCAGCUCUCACCGACGCAGCAGGGAUUAGAGAGUUAAACGGAUGGCACGUCGGCUGCGCUUGCAUUUUGCGUCAAGGAGAAGCAACACGGACCCUCUGUCAGAAAGCCUCAGCAGCCAUGGUGAGGAGAGUGGAGUCAGUGUGUCAGCUCGUAGCCCCGCAGAGAGUCUGGCGCACAGUUCUGUCCACUUGAAGGUGACUCCUCUGUCACCAGACUAUGCUAAUUUACAGCGGUACUCUUCAGUAUUCAUACCCAGGGUUAACACUGGAGGAUUUAAUAAGAAGAGCAUUCUCCAGAUCGCACUGCAGCCCUGUGGAAAGCUCAGUGGAGAGCUGGAUGGCAGUAUAGACGAUGGAGACCCGGGGGCCAGUGAAGGAGGAGCAGGCAGUGGCUCUGACGGGGGCUCGUGCAGCAGCAGCAUGGCCAGCGAUGCCGGGUACUGUAGCAGCAACAGCAUCUUUGAGCCAGAGGCUUCCGAAAAACACAGGACCACCCAGGAGAGGAGCCAACUCUGCUGCAAGUCCAAGGUCCCGCUGAGACGGUGCUCCUCCUUGGUUAUAUUCCCAAAGAGCCCCUGCAACACCCCGCCUGCUUCCCCAGUCAGUCCAGUGGCUCUACCUGUUCUUCCACCAGCGCGGGGGUCUCAUCAGUCAUCUCUUCAGAUGUCUUCCGGUGAAUUCUCACAAGAUGAUGAGGAAGUGACUUGCAAAGGGUCCACCAACACGGCAGUAAGCGGCCAUCGCGUCCCAAAAGGAAACUGUUCAGCCGAGUUGAGGGACACCAAACACAUGGUGCAAUUUAAUAUUCCUUUACAGGACGAACCAAAAGGCAAAAUGGAGGACAGGAGUAAAAUAAGGGAACUGUCAUCAACUCUAGACAGAUCGAAUCGUCACUCGAGCAGCGUUUUGCUGCACUUUGCCCACCAGAGACCAAUGAUAUCCGGGAAGGGAGCUACAACCACUGCUACUGUCAAUUUGGAAUAUCCUGAGGCUCCUAACCCAGCCGCACACCCUGAGGGUGAACACAACCCUCACAAAAAACUGUAUCGUAGUACCUCUGCUUGUUUAUUCUCCUCAACUAAAGCGUCAGAUAAAAACCAUAAGGUCUGUUCCUCAGGAACAGGCCAGGAAAGGCCUGAGGAAAAACACUGUCACCGCGCCAUACAAAGGAGCUUUUCCCUGGAGGUGCCCUACGCUAACACUGGGAUUUCAUGUCACGUUUCAAAUCCAAAACUCAGUAGCCCUCACUGUCCGCAUGUGCACAUUCAUUUGUCUCCUUUCUGCCCAGCUAAGAUGCCUAGCUCUGAUGUAAACACAAGCCACAAAGGGAAUAAUACACCAAAGAGCCCGGUUCAAAACACCAAGACACGUGAUGACUUUCUGGGACAGGUGGAUGUCCCUUUAAAUCAGAUACCGACAGAAAAUCCUAACACAGAAAGGCCAUACACAUUCAAGGAUUUUCUGCUUCACCCAAGAAGCCACAAGUCCAGAGUCAAAGGUCACCUGCGUCUCAAAAUGACCUACCUGCCAAAGAAUACAGGUUCGGAGGAGGAAACAGCAGAACAGACUGAGGACAUGGAUCCGAGUUGGGAGUUUCUGGAGGCUCAGGACAUGUCAGGACCCAGACAGAGCCAGCUGCUGCCUGCUCUGCCCCCUGGCUGGGAGGAGCGGCAGGACAACCUGGGAAGAACCUACUUUGUCAAUCAUGAGUGCAGAACCACACAGUGGCAACGACCCACUCUCCAGGACGGUGAUGUGGAGAUACAAAGACAGAACAAUAACAUGGACGCAGAACAUGCUUUUAUUACACGCAGGCAGAUCUCAGACCCCGUUGAGAACACCACACGAGAGUCUCCUGAGAGCUGGGAGAUCAUUACAGAGGAUGAGUCCACCUUGUACCACAGCAACAACCAGGUCACAUCACCUCCACCGCCACACUCAGCCGCAGAGUCCCACCCUUUCCGCGACGAGCUGAGAAACACUGUCUCUGGGGCCACAGCUGGCGAAUUGCGCACCUCCCAGACGGAUCAUGCUAGUAAUUCAAGCCAUUCCAGUCUCAGAGGAAGUGCCCAGACCUCAUCAGGGGAGGAACAUCCUGCUAAUCCUGUGCUGCUUCCAACCUCAGCUGGGCUUCCUGCAGGCUGGGAGGAGAAGCGAGACACUAAAGGAAGACGCUACUAUGUCAACCACAACACUCGAACCACUUCAUGGACACGACCCCUCGUUCAGAAAACCCCAGAGGCCUCAGCACCAGCGGCACCAGCAGCACCAGCACCUGCAGCACCUGCAGCAGCAGCAUCACAAAGGGGUGCAGGUGUUCCCCAGAGCCUGACUCCACCCUUGCCAGCCAUGUCCCCCGAGGAGUCUCCUCAGCAUACCCCGAGCCCAGAGGCCACACAUGACUCUGGGUUCCUACCGGCUGGUUGGGAGGUUCGCUGCGCUCCCAGUGGAAGACCCUUUUUCAUAGACCACAACACAAAGACUACUACCUGGGAAGAUCCCAGGCUCAAGAUUCCUGUGCAAAUGAGGAGGAGACCCUCACUAGACCCGUCUGAUCUUGGCCCUCUGCCGCCUGGCUGGGAGGAGAGGGUCCACACUGAUGGGAGGAUAUUCUACAUAGAUCACAACACCAGGACCACACAAUGGGAUGACCCCAGACUACAGAACUCAGCCAUAACUGGACCAGCAGUGCCUUAUUCCAGAGAUUAUAAACAGAAGUAUGACUACUUCCGGAAGAAACUGAAGAAACCGGCUGACAUCCCUAACCGUUUCGAGAUGAAGAUGAGAAGAAAUGCAGUGCUGGAGGACUCAUACCGUCGCAUCCUGUCAGUGAAGAGGGCAGACCUGCUGAAGGCACGACUGUGGGUGGAGUUUGAGGGAGAAAAAGGCCUGGACUACGGUGGCUUGGCCAGGGAGUGGUUCUUCCUCAUGUCCAGGGAGAUGUUCAACCCGUACUAUGGACUGUUCGAGUACUCUGCCACGGACAACUACACACUGCAGAUUAACCCCAACUCAGGUUUAUGUAAUGAGGACCACCUGUCCUACUUCAAGUUCAUCGGCCGUGUGGCAGGCAUGGCUGUGUAUCACGGCAAACUGCUCGAUGCUUUCUUCAUUCGGCCCUUCUACAAGAUGAUGCUGCAGAAGCCGAUCACUCUGCAGGACAUGGAGUCUGUUGACAGUGAAUAUUUCAACUCCUUGAUGUGGAUUUUGGAGAACGACCCAACAGACUUGGAUCUGAGGUUCACCAUUGACGAGGAGCUUUUUGGACAGACUCACCAGCAUGAACUGAAGCCGGGUGGCUCAGACAUUGUCAUCACCAAUGACAACAAGAAGGAAUACAUCCAUCUGGUGAUGCAGUUUAGGUUUGUGAACAGGAUACAGAAGCAGAUGACUGCCUUCAAAGAUGGGUUCUUUGAGUUGAUACCACAGGAUCUGAUCAAGAUCUUUGAUGAGAACGAGCUGGAGCUGCUCAUGUGUGGUCUUGGAGACGUGGAUGUGAAUGACUGGAGAGAGAACACCAAGUACAAGAAUAACUACUGUGCCAACCAUGUCGUUAUCCAGUGGUUUUGGAAAACGGUGCUGCUGAUGGAUGCAGAAAAGCGAAUCAGGCUCCUACAGUUUGUGACAGGAACAUCGAGGGUCCCAAUGAAUGGCUUUGCUGAACUCUACGGGUCUAACGGACCACAGCUGUUCACCAUCGAGCAGUGGGGAACACGUGAUAAACUCCCCCGAGCCCACACAUGCUUCAAUCGACUGGACCUGCCUCCGUAUGAGUCUUUUGAUGAGCUGAGGGAGAAACUUCACAUCGCCAUCGAGAAUGCACAAGGCUUCGACGGGGUUGAUUAGAGCUUGUGCUGUAACUGAGCUGUACUGAUUAUUACUGCAUGAUGUGGUCAAGAAGUUGAUGAGAGACACAAGCCGUGCGUCAGAUUCGGGUGUUAACCUGCCAGCUGUGUGACAGAUGAAGGACAGUCACACAGCCCUCACUUUGGUCCUCUGUUGAGGCACACAUGGAGAAAGGACUUUAAAUCUGGAGUGACAGAGGUAUUUAAUCACUCGACGUGUUCUAAAGUUUACAAAGCAAAAAUGCAAAGCUGUAUACUGUAUAACAAAAACAUCUAACCUUAAAAAAAACAUUAGUUUCAUUUGGGCUGCAUUGCCUCGGAUAAACUUUAUGCUCAGAUUCUCACAUCAGGUACUUGUGAGAUUUUGUCUUCACAUUGUUGUUGAUGGGUAAUUAGUUUAGUUAUGCUUUUUUUUUUUUCUUCGGCAAUUGCUUAACUUGUCCCUUCAUCACAUGUUAGUGCUGGAAAGAGUGGACCAUGGGUCAGAAUACUCACUAGGUUAUGUUAUACACAAGGAUAGCAUCAACUCUUGACAUUUAAAUGAAAAAAGUACAGCUCGCUCAACCACGUUUCCUGUCCCAUACAAUUCAACGCUUAAAGUAAAGUGAACAUGAAAUUCCUGUAAACAUGACAUUGGCCCAACUGGAACAAUAUUACAAAGAAAAUGUUGUCCAAAAGAUUUAGGCAGCAAAGUGCCAGAGGUUAUCAACAUCAAAACCUUAAAUAUAAAUUGGCAGUUCAACCUAAAUAGAACAGAUGUGAAGAUAUUUUUUUCUAUCAUUUAAAUUCUAUACAUUAUAAUUACACAUUUUUCAUUCCAUCACACUAGAAUCACUGAUGCAAAUCCCAAACACAUGCACCUCAGAAGCACUGGUAGCAGAAAAUGUACAAGUUAUAUUCAAGUCUGAGCGACUACACUUAGAAAAGUGUAUCAUUUAAUCAUUUUAGUAGCGAUGUACCAAUACCAGGACCAGUAACAGGCUAAACUAAUUAUACAGUAGUUUGUAUCCGACUACAUGCAGUGUUAGAUUGUGCUGAAAUACUAUGCAUAAUUGUACAUAUUGCAUUACAUUAAUAUACUGUACAUGUAAAAUCAACUUCUUCAACACGAUGAACCAUUUAUUGUUUAAACUGUUCACUUAAAGUUGUGAAAUUAGCAGAUAAUGGUCAUUGGUGCACCUCUACAUUAAAGGUCCAGUGUGUAAGAUUUAGGGGGACAUAGUGGCAGAGAUGGACUAUAGAAUAAUAAGUUUGUUUUCACUAGUUUAAAAUCACCUGAAAAAAAAGGUGAGCACAUAUGAGGUGCUAGGCUAGCAGCCCAUCUCUGAUAUGCCAAACAGUGUUGGAAAAACACUGAUUUUUGAUGUGAAACUGUUAUUCAGUGUUUUUUACUGGUUUAAAUCACCCAGUCUGUUUGUUUUAGGGAGGAAGAGACCUCUGUGGAUAUUUCAGCUCAAUGUAAAAACCUCCCAAACAAUGAACACUGAAGGAAGUUCAGAUGGGAGUUCAAGCUCGGCACAAGGGAGACAUUUCAGCAAGUUGCAAUUUGCAAUCAUCACCACUAGAUGCCACUAAAUCCUACACACAAUUCCUUUAAUACAUGAUUUUCUUUGAUUAUCAGUACCCGCUCAUACUGAAGUUCAACACUGACAGUUUGUAUAAGAGGAAUAAACAAACGUGCGCGCUAAUAUCUCCCGGGCCAGUAGCUUACAGAAACAUUAUCCAACAGACUGACCGUAUCACACACUUUGCAUAAAGUAUGUUAGAAAUCAUGUUUCGUUGCCUUAUGUCAAUGAGUGAUAUCAUUUUGUUUUCCUCAACUCAUCAUGGGUGUCUAAUUGCAGCACGGUGCUCGAUUUUUAAGAGUACAAAUAUAAAAAAUUGUUUUCUUGGUUGUCAAAAAUGUGUACAGUUUAUUGUCUGUUUUCAAAAUGAGUAAUCACUUGUUUAUACCUUUGUAGGAAAGUAACUGUACUUCAGCAGUAGAUUUAUCGUUUUCUGAAUGGUAAAACAUGUGUUUACACUACCUGCCAUGUUUACAGGUCUAUGAUAAAAGAAGAUAUCGUGGUCGGUUCUUGUCUCUGACAACACAAUUUUAUACUUUAUGCUUUUAUAAAGUGAAGCACUUUGUUAAUAUCGAUGAGUCUUACUUCUGAACUGUCUUUGCCAAUCUGUCACCUGCAGACUGCUUAAAUCGCUCUUUAAGAAAAUGAUCCUAUGCUUCAAGUGCACGUGUUUAAAUGUUUACAUGUGAACAUUGCUGAAAAUAAGCACAUUCUCUUCUUUCACUUAUAUUUAAAGUUCAAUACAGAGGCCUUUGUUUGUAAUGUAUUGUAGAAUCUGAUUGUUUAUUAAUGUUUUAAUCUCUAAAUGGAAGUACUGUUAUAUAUCUAUUGUCUAUUGAAUAAUAAUGAAUAGAUCAAUACUUAAUUUCUUAUAUAUCAAAUGUUCUUAUUAUACAAUUUGAUUAUAACACCUGUAAGUGCAUUACAACAACAAGGACAUACAUGCAACAUAUAUACAGCAGUUUAAAGGGUGGAAUGAACUGUAGCUGUUAAUUCCCAAUUUGAUGACCUAUAGCACACCAAAUUAAAUAUAAAUAUAUUUGAGAAAUAAAAAAAUAUAAAAACAA